ACACACGCACACGCUAAUCCAGCAGGCUCGUGCCUCCGCGCAUUCUGUAUUUUUGCAAUCUCGUGAAUUCCCAACGGAUGGUGGAAGGACGCGUCACAUUUUGUGGAUUUCCAUUCAUCAAGAGCAUCACAUCAGAUCUUCUGUGUUGUAAGAGCUGUCCACGGGACUCUGCUGAGCCCAAUGAUGAAGUUGCGGGCAGGCGCCAUGGCUCUACUGCUGCCCAUCAUCUUCUCCAUCAGUUUGGUCCAAGUGUGUCAUGGAGCUGCAAUUGCUGUUUCAUGUGGUUCCAUCUACAAGAGUUUUGCGCAGUGUUUGCUGACACUCGGGGACAGUUUGGUGGUAACACAAAAAGACCAGGACAUGCAGGACAUUGACACAAUCUGCAGGUCCUGGAAUGACUUCCAUAAUUGUGCCAACGCGGCCAUGUCUGGCUGUCCCAGAGAAGCGGCGACUGUGUGGGAGUCCCUCAGACAAGAAUCCAGGAAGGCUGAGUUUUCGGGAAAUCUCUACAACAUGUGCGCCAGCCUCACCACCCUUGCACCCAGCACUGUGCCAGCACCCCUGACUCCUCCCACCUCAGAUCAGACCAACCAGGAAACACUGAAGGGGAGAACAUACCAAUGGUUCCCAUCUCUUACCACAAUGAUCUUUCCAACAUGCAGCACUUUGUUAGUGCUGCUCAGGAACUAGCAAUGGAUUCAAAUGUGGGAAUCUUCUUACUUUUGCUAAGAAACCAUGAGUAUGACCACUUGUUAUACCAACAGACUGUACAUUAUAGUAUAUUUACUGUAUAUUCUGACCCGAGUGCUGAAAAAAAUGUAAUUGUGAAGCUGCUCGGGAAAAUUUAGGUGACCAGACCAGGAGAAGAAUAAUACCAGCUUCGGAGAGAGGAUCCAAACACUUGAGCAGGUCAGGAGCAUUCGUGAUUAGGUCUCAAUCCAUCCAUCCACCCAUCCAUUUUCCGAACCGCUUGAUCCUCACUAGGGUCGCGGAGGUCUCAAUCCCAGAAUCUCAAUUUCCGAGACCGAGUCAGGAAGACUUAUUGUUACUUUUGUUUUGGCUUUAAAAUGUACUUCAGCACGAUCAGAUUAAAUGUCUCGUUCUCAGAGAGAAGCCGACCCAAUUGAAAGAGUUUUGCUCAAGAUAAACAGACUGCAAACAGUUGCCAGCCUUUGACUCUUUUCUGCCUGAUAUACUAACAAUGAAAAAAGUGAAUGUCAGUACAAACACUUUAUAUAUAUUAUUGUUCAUAUUUAUUGACACAUUUGUUUUAAUUUAUCCAGCGAUGACGAAUCUCAUUUUGACCCUUUCAGGGACAGAGGUUACUACAGUGGACAGCUUAUCAUGUUAUCAGGUUACAGGGUGCAUGAAGGGGUUAAAAUACUCCCCCUCCCCGAAUCACGCACAAUACUGAGUCGGUUCCAUUUGCGUGUUGUAAAUCUUGCAAUGAUAAAUCUGGUAACACACAGAAUAAACUACUCAAAAUGUGCAUUGGCCCAUCUCAGGCAACUUUUUUCCGUCAUUGUUUUAUUGUACUUAAAUUAUUUCUUAGAGUAAGAGGCACUGAAAGUAAAACUAGUGAGCUUAGAGCUUUGAACAUGAACUAUGGCCACAUAUGAAUGUGUGUCAACUCAGCACCAUGCAAUGAUUGAACAACAACAAAUAUAUAUUUUAAGGUUACAGGAUUGUAACUAGUAUUUAAUCCGCCAACCUGGGCCUCACAUUUUUCAGAGGGGGUAACGUGUUCGUUAAACAGGACUGAUGUAAAAUCCAG